GAGGGCUCGUCUUUCACAAGAGGCGUUGCUCUUCGGCAGUGGCGCUUCUCUGCAAGGCAAAAAAGAAAUUUCCGCUUCCUGCACCGAUAAACAACUAACGCAACUUGAGAAACACUGGCAGCGAGUUUCACGGCGAACAUCGGAUCCAAUUGCAGCGCUGCGCGCGUCGCGAUCGCUACAAUUGAGCCUCGGUCCUCGUGGACGGAUGAUUGUGGUGCAGUAGAGGAUCGACCCUCCGACAACAGCCGUUUUAUUCGGGUUUUCUCUCAUUGUUUUCAAACAUAAGGUUCCUCCAGUAUGUCGGAUCGGGGAGGGCUCCCGAGGACUGGAGGCGUACCGUCUCCGCAGCCCUCCAAACCGAUGGCGAUCACCUCCAAUCGGCCGGUGCACAUGAACCUGUACGCCACCUGGGAAGUGGACCGAUCGUCCCCGAGCUGCGUGCCGAGGCUCUUUAAUCUGACUCUGAAGAAGCUGGUCAUGCUGAAGGAGCUGGAUAAAGAUCUGACGUCCGUGGUCAUCGCUGUCAAACUCCAGGGCUCAAAGCGUAUCCUUCGUUCCAAUGAAAUCCUGUUGCCAUCGACCGGCCAAACGGAAACAGACCUGCAGCUCACCUUCUCCUUACAGUAUCCUCACUUCCUGAAACGAGACGCCAACAAGCUUCAGAUCAUGCUGCAGAGGAGGAAGAGAUACAAGAACAGAACCAUCCUGGGCUACAAAACCCUCGCACUCGGCCUCAUCAACAUGGCUGAGGUGAUGCAGCACCCGACGGAGGGCGCUCAGGUUCUGGGUUUGCACAGUCAGCUGAAAGAAGUGUCCGUCCCGGUGGCCGAGAUCAGAGUUUAUUCGCUGUCCAGUCAGCCCAUCGAUCACGAGGGACCCAAAGCCAAGAUGAACGAUCGUUCUCCAGAUAUCGAUAACUACUCAGAGGAAGAGGAGGAGAGUUACUCGUCUGAGCAGGAGGGCAGCGACGAUCCCGUACAUCAUUAUCUAGAUGAUGAAGAGGAUGAGGUGAGGAAGAAGAAACCCAGACGCAAACUUACUUCCAACGCCUCCAUCACGAGACAACCCAACAUCAAGCAGAAGUUUGUGGCGCUGCUGAAGAGGUUUAAGGUGUCAGAUGAGGUGGGUUUCGGGUUGGAGCACGUGUCCCGUGAGCAGAUCCAGGAGGUGGAGGAGGAUCUGGACGAACUCUACGACAGUCUGGAGAUGUACAACCCCAGCGACAGCGGGCCAGAGAUGGAGGAGACAGACAGCAUCCUCAGCACUCCCAAACCCAAACUGAGGCCGUUCUUUGAGGGAAUGUCCCAGUCGAGCUCUCAGACGGAGAUCGGCAGUUUGAACAGUAAAGGCAGUCUGAGCCGAGACCACUUCAGCCCCCAGGGGGAUCAGCCACCGUCAGAUAAACUCAAACACUCACGCAGCCGUAACCUGGACGAGCCGCUGUCUGAGACGGACACGCUGGAGCUGAAUGAUCAGGAGUUGUUCACUGACGUCGGCCCCUGUAUAACAGUGUCUGUGGCUGAAAAACCACGUACACCCUUAAAAACCAGCAAGAAUGAGAUUCAGUCCAUACCGUCACCCAGGCUGGAUGGAGGACACACACCCCGUAAGCGAAACACUCCUGUGAAAGAUCGUCAGCUCUCCAAACCGCUGAGCGAACGCACCAACAGCUCCGACAGUGAGAGAUCACCUGAGCUUGGACACAGCACACAGGUUCUCAGGAAGGCCGUGUAUGAUCAGUUGAAUCAGAUUCUGUUAUCUGAUGCUGCUCUUCCUGAAAGUCUCAUCCUGAUCAAUGGCACAGACUGGCAAGGACAGUAUGUUGCAGAGCAGUUGCAGGUUCAGAAGCAUCCCGUGGUCUGUACGUGUUCUGGUGCAGAGAUUCAGGCCGUUCUCUCGGCUCUUCUCACACGGAUACAGAAAUUCUGUAACUGUAACUCAUCGAUGCCGCGGCCGGUGAAGGUGGCGGUGGUCGGGGGUCAGAGUUAUCUGGGCUCGGUGCUGCAGUUCUUCGUCACUCAGCUGGCCAACAAGACGUCUGAUUGGCUCAAUCACAUUCGCUUCCUGGUCGUGCCUCUGGGUUCUCAUCCUGUUGCUAAGCACCUGGGUGCCCUUGACAACCGCUACAGCGCAGCCUUCCUGGACGGAGCGUGGAGAGACCUGUUCAACCGAUCAGAGCCGCCGCAGACAGAUUCGGUGGACGUCGCGGCUCGUGUGGCUCAGUACAUCAGCGGAGCGGCUCUCACACACCAGCUGCCCAUCGCUGAGGCCAUGCUGACCUGCAAACACAGAACGAGGGAUGAAGAUUCCUAUCAGAAAUUCAUUCCGUUCAUUGGGGUGGUGAAAGUGGGUUUGAUUGAGCCUGGCCAAUCAUCAGCAGGCGACUUAGAAGAGGGCGUGGCUGUGAGUUUAGCCGUCCCCUCUACGUCUCCACCCUCUCACGGGUCACCUGCCAGUCUUAAAGAGACAGCCACGCCCCCCUCCUCUCCGUCCAUGGGCGGCGGUUUGGCUGUGCAAGGGAGUCCCAGCAUGUCUCACGGGGUGGACGCCAUCGGUCUGCAGGUGGAUUACUGGCUGGCGUCUCUGGCUGAGAAGCGUCGAGAAGGCGAGAGGAGAGACACCGGCUGUAAGAACACUCUGAAAAGCGCCUUCUGGUCCCUGCAGGUCAGCCGGUUGCCAGGAGGCGGAGCCAGCGAGCCACAGGCGCCCGUCAACACUAUGGCCAUGACGGUGGUCACCAAAGAGAAGAACAAGAAAGUACCCACUAUUUUCCUGGGAAAGAAACCUAAAGAGAGGGAGAUGGACUCUAAGAGUCAGGUCAUCGAGGGCAUCAGCCGGCUCAUCUGCUCCGCCAAACAGCAGCAGACCAUCCUGAAAGUCACCAUUGAUGGAGGAGAGUGGAACGACGUGAAGUUCUUCCAGUUAGCCGCUCAGUGGCCGACUCACGUCAAGUACCUCCCGGUGGGAUUGUUCAGCUACAGCAAACCAGCCUCCUAGGAGGGACCACUUACUUAACCCCGCCUCUUCAACCUGCAACCACACCCCAUUGCACACCAACCCCGCCGCUCUCUGAAUGCUGGCCAAUCGUAGUCGAGACAGGACUCUCAUGUGACGGUCUCUGGUUGGUGGGUGGGUAGGUGGAGUUGAAGAAGCUCGUUUUGGCGGGUACGAUAGACUUUUAUCAGCGCUAGUCACUUUUAUUUAUCAAAGGUCCCAGAGCCACAUAUGGGGGCCAAGCACAAAAUUUGGAUACACCACCUGUUGACCAUCAACCUGACUAUUGAACAGCAUGACACAGCUUAAAUCACAUCCAGCAACCCUUGACAUCACUGAUCUCUCUCAUCAUUGGCUUCCCUUAACCACCAAUGAAUAUAGUUUAACCCUUGCUAAAAUCUACCAUUGUAACUGUAUUCACUGAUAAAAGUUUAGAGUUAGUAUUACACAAGUAAAAUUAUAAAACUUUCAUACGAGAGCUCCCUCAAACAGUGCAUUUAGCUUAGUCGUUUUUGGUUGAAACUACAGUUACCAUGGUAGUUUUUUGUGAACAAAGAUUAUUUAACAUGUUUUUUUCUCACUUGAGGAAAAAAGCACCAAUGAACAUUACAAAAUGUGCAAAAUUCUCAACCUUAUUAAGAGGGCGGAGUUAAACGCCAAUUCCACACCCAUUUAUUGAAGGCGGAGCUACAAGGUGCCCAUCAGCCAGCUGAUGAGUUUUUACAGAUUUCUUAAAAAUCAACUUUUGCGUAAUUUGUUUUUUCCUUCCAGCCGAGAAAAUCUGGAAAUGCAUUAUUGACCUCUAACCUGCAUGUCUUAUACUACAUCGCCCAUAAUGCACUGGCAAAGUUAACAAACGUUAUUUUAAUGUUAGUUCAAUAGUGCACUAUUGUGCACGUGUUGCUAACUGCUGCCGUAAAGCUAAUGCAGCAGCGUUUUAUGUUCCCUUUGGUGUACAGAAGGAUGACAUCAGAUCGUAGUUCACUCUAUUAACUAGAAUAAACAAUUUCAAUUUAGUUUUAUAUUCGUUUUUACACAUAUUAUGCUUUAUGCGUCAGAAAGUGACCUUUUUAGCUAAAAUAUGUAGCUCAUCUUAAGAUUUUAUUUCUUUUCAUAAACCAUCUCCAAAGAUUUCUGGCCAAUCAGAAUGUAAACAUUAUGGAACAGAAGGAGUGUUCACAGCGAACUCGUUUUAUAAGAGAACGCUGUCAUAUCAAUCAUAACAAGUCCUGGCGUUAAUGUUGGACGAGGUUAGAGGUGAAAAUGCCACAGGUUAUGAUGUUAAAGAGCUGGUGUUUUUAGCAGAAUUAGGGAGGAUUAUUGCUUUUUUGGCUCUUGUGUGCAUUUUUACAGUUGUAAACUUGUUUGGGGAGAACUUUGCAGGGUUUCAUCUUCGUCAGUUGUCAAACGCUAUGCACUUAAACUCGCUUUCAUUGCUUCAUAUCUUCGUCCAAAGCACAGGAAGCAGUCAGCUCCUUAUUUGAAAUACCCACUUAAAACAUGAAUACUAAUUCAUCAAUACUACCUUUAUACACUGCAAAAAUGAUUUUCUAACUUAGUAUUUCUGCCUUAUUUUAUUUUUGUUUUUUCCAGUACAUAAAAGUAAACAUUCUUAAAUCAAGAUACAUUUAUUUGCGAAGCAAAAUGAUUUAAGAUAUUAAAGAGGACCUAUAAUGCCCCUUUUACAAGAUGUAAUAUAAGUUUCUGGUGUCCUCAGAAUGCAUCUGUGAAGUUUCAGCUCAAAAUACUCCACAGAUCAUUUAUUAUAGCUUGUCAAAUUUGCCCCUAUUUGGGUGUGAGCAAAAACAUGCAGUUUUUGUAUGUGUUCCUUUAAAUGCAAAUGAGCUGCUGCUCCCGGCCCCCUUUCCAGAAGAGGGCAGAGCUUUAACAGCUCGCGCUUCGGUUGCUCAACAACAACAAAGCUGGAGAAUCUCACGCAGCUAAAAUGAGGAUUGUCAGUAACGGUGUUCAACCUUAUGUUGUUCAAACCGGAGUCGGACACUGAUGGAGAGACUCAGGAAAAAGUUACAACUUUUAGAAUGAAACUGGGUGUUUCUGAAUGGUUAGUGGAUAAAUUUAUGUAGUUGCUGUGGAGUUGAUUCAACUCAUCAACUAGCAUGUGCCGUCAUGUUAAUCUUUUGUGCAAAUCCAGAGUUGAAUUGACCCUCGUUUGUGAAGCAGUCCGACGUAAAAUGACGGCAUGGCAACAACACUCUACUACAACAACCUAACUUUGCAGAUGUUGUUUAUGCUCUAACAGCAACAUUACACACUAACUAAAGUUAAAAGUGAAAUCAUAAUCAAGGACCCCUUUAAGUCUUGUUUUAUGAUAAAAAUGAUAAAUUAAUGCUUAAAACAAACAAAAAAAAAGUUUAUAUAUGUAAACUUGUUUCAUUUUGAUGCAUUUAAAAAACAACUUUAAGAUAUUAAGUCUUAUUUUUCAAUAAAAAUUAUUACAUUUAGUGAGUUUAUGCUUAAAACAAGAAAAUAUAUCGGACUAUAUGUGUCUAAUUUUAAUAUAUUUUUCAGAAAACAAGACUUUAAGAUCUUAAGUCUUGUUUUCCCCAAUAAGAAUGAUCAAAAUUAAGUGAGUUUAUGCUUAAAACAAGAAAAAAAUAUCUGUCCAUACCUGUAAACUCAUUUAAUUUUGAUACAUUUAUCCAAAAACAAGACUUGUCAUAAGUAAAUGUAUCUUGAUUUAAGUGUUUAGCUAUUUGUACUGGAAAAGACAAAAACAAAAGAAGACAAAAAUACUAAGUUAGAAAUUUAUUUUUUGCAGUGCAGCCAUGAACUAAACAGCAUAGAUGAUCUCAGAUCAGUCAAUUUUGAGCUACAACAUCCCUUUAUUUUCUAGCUGGAGCUUGUUAAAUUACUGCUAAUGGCAGCUUUUACAAAAGUAAUGUGGUUUUAUUUUAUCUAGAAGAUUUGUGAGAUAUUCUUGUGAGUGGUAGGUAAUGCAACUAACAACGUCACUGAAAUGUGGUUUUAAAAUAAUAACAAAACAAACAACAAAAAAACUAUCUAUGAAAUGAUGUUGUGCCACAGUUAGAGUGAAACCAGUGUGUUGUGCGAGUGUGUGUUUGUUUGUGGACAGUAGUGGUCACUGGUUUGAUUAGUCUGUGGUGUUAACUAUACGUCCUUCACUUCAAUCAUGACACAAGAUUCGGCGUCUUUCCACCCGGCCGACUUCUAACCAUUGCAGACUGAACUGCUGGUGAAUUAUUAAUAUCCAGUGAUUGUUACAUAAUUAACCUGUUGAACUCCUAAUAUUAUUACUAAUUCACUUUCAAACUGAAAGGGCGAAUCUCGCAAAACCUGUCAAAGAACAUGUCCGAGUCAUAUUUCACCACAAAAUCAAAAGAAAGAAAUACGAAACUUUAGGAUUGGUCUAAUUUUCACGACAGUAAUGUGACAGUAAAGUUUUAUUUGCAUACAUUAUGGUAGCAUUUGUUUUAAUGUGAUUUCUAAUACAAAUAUUUGUAUUACGGUCAGUUGUACUCAGUAUAAUUUUGAUUUUUGAGGUGAUAUAUGACCUGGAUCUUUCUAAUCUGAGUAAGUUUUCAUGUUGUCUGGGAUGAAAGUAUCAGUUUUAAAGUAUUUGAACUAGUUUUGAAGUAUUAAGAACAACAAAGUAUUAAAGUCAAGAUGGGUCAAUUAGAUUUUUAUUUGUUCCUGCUUCUUUUAGCAGUAGUUUUGAAGUGAAUUUCUUUUGUGUACAUGAAAUGCAUCUCUAUUUUUUCCACCCUAGAAGGUUGAAUAAACCUUAAAAACAUUUUUUUCUGUUAAUUUUGGUUAUAAAUACUGCUCUACUGAACAAAUAUCCACACUUUAAGAUUGUAUCUGUUAUAAAGCAAAAAUAGCAGAUAAAUUCUUAAUGUUUCACCAGUUUUUAUAUAGUUUUUUAAAUUGCAUUUUUCAUCUUUGUGAGCUAAAUUCCAGUUCUAAGGCUCGUAGAAAGACACUUACAGUAAUAUUUCAGUCAGCCAUAAUGUCUAGGGGGUUUUGCACAGUCCUGUCGAGUCUGUGAUCAUUCCUUAUGGAAUCUGAAAAGUUGAUAAACUAUUAAUUUAGAGGGUCAGCAUGUCCACCAAAGCUUAGAGGCCUUCUAGAAAAUACCCUUAUAGAUGUUGAGUAUAUAAAGAGAAAAACUCACGCUGAAUUUUAAUUCAAACUAAUCAAAUAAUGUCUGUAAUGUUGUUACAUUUGCCGUCCGUGUUUUAAGCAUGCAUGAUGAGCAAACGCACAAAAACUUGCAGCAACCUUCAAACAAGCUUUGUGAGAUAAAAAAAAACAAAAAACAAAAAAAAACACAAUAAAUGGCAACUAUUUUGGAGUCCAAGUUCAAAUUUUACAUGGAUAUGUGUUUCUUGAACGGGAAGAAAAGAAGGGGCAAAAAAAGUGUCACUGCCAAAGCGUGUCAGCUGUUACAUUUUGUUUUUGUUUGUGAUUUUUAUAUGUAUGGAAAAUGAUUUUCAGUAUUUAUGGAGCAGUCUGGAAUGGGGAAUGGUCAAGUACUGAAUUUUUCCGAAUGAUUCAUUUCAAAAUGAAAAGAGAGUUCAACAGCUACUAGUUUCUGUCAAUGGAACAUGGACUGUCUGUUUCUCCGUGUGUUGUGUGGAGUCCAGUCUUUGCCUGUCCUCGUACCUCUGUAUGUACCUGUGUUGAUUUGUCACAGAAAAAUUCUACAGAAUACAUGAAGUGAAUUUGAGCGUUCUGAUUGGUCGACUAAUUAUCCCAACAGCCAGUCAGAAUGGCGUUCGUCCACUUCAUCAGUGUAAUCUGUUCAAGAGAUAAUAUGCCUGAAUUCCACAAGCUCUGGAUUCAAACCGCAGAUUCGGUCUGCUGUGUAAAGUUACUAAUUCUGUAAUGUUUAGACGUGGAAGAUGUUGAAGCCGAGCUUGUGGAUGAGAUAAGUAUUUUUGCACAUGCAUUAUUCUCUUUUAGCAGUCUUCAGCUCUUUGCCUUUUUGCCUUUAGACAAAAAUGCUUGUACAUAUCCAAAGUGCUUGUAAUAUGAACUCAUGUUCCUUUAUUGUGUGUUAUUUUUUUAUUUGACAUGUUUUGUAGUACUGCUUUUUCAUAAUUGAGUUGUCAAUCAAUAGAUGUGGUAUGGACAGUGGAAGUGUUACUUGUAUUCUUUUUUUUUUUAUUUAAUAAACACACCAGAUUUGUAUA